AGUUACCUAGUAGAUCCAGCAGAGGGCAGUAGUUGUAUUACAGAGGAACUGAAAUCAUAAGAAGCCGAGGUGACGUCACAUUAAACAUGGCGGCGAUGUAGAGAUCCCAUGCUUGUUUGUUGACCAUUUAUUUUGAGAAAUUGGAAAGGAUUACUGGUAUCUGUAUUCGCCAAAAUGUCACGACUCAUAGUGAAGAAUCUCCCGAAUGGGAUGAAGGAUGAACGUUUCCGUACGAUGUUCUCCGACUUUGGGACAUUGACCGACUGCGGCUUGAAGUACACUAAAGAGGGGAAGUUUCGCAAAUUUGGUUUCGUGGGUUUCAAGUCCGAAGAAGAUGCAGAAAAGGCUCUGAAGCAUUACAACAAGAGCUUUGUUGACACCUCUCGAGUGACGGUUGAAUUUUGCAAAGCUUUUGGAGAUCCUGACAAGAACCGUCCCUGGAGUAAGCAUGCACGUCAGCCUGCAGUGGAGAAAGCCAAGGAAGAGGAAAAACAGAAAGCCUUUCAAGCAAAAAAGGAAAAGAAAAAGGAGGUGGUCACCACCGUUUUAGGAGAUCUGGAGAAAGAUGACAGCUUCCACGAGUUCCUUUCGCUGCACCAGAACCGAACUCAGCUGCCCACAUGGGCCAACGACGCCAUGGAAAAGCCAGCUGUCAAAGCAGCCGCCACAGCAAAGGAUGCUGGGAAAAAAGACACAGCGGCGAAGAAGAAGACCACAGACGACUAUUUAAACUUUGACUCGGACGAAUCAGAUGAUGAAAUGGACAAUGAGGAGGAGGAGGAGAAAGAGAUGGAAUCAGAGAGUGGAGGUGCGCCCAAGGUGGCUCUCAAAUCAGGCUUGUCUGACAUGGAUUACCUGCGCUCUAUGAUGGUGACUAAGCCUGAAAUCAAGGACGAUGAUGAUGAUGAUGAUGAUGAUGAUGAUGAUGAUGAGGAGGAGGAGGAUGAGGAUGAUGAGGAGGAGGAUGAGGACGAUGCCAAAGACGAGGCUGAAGAAAAGGGGAGUGGUGAUGAAGAGGAUGAGGUGGGACACGCCUCCUCCGCUCGUCAUCAGGACAGUGCCUAUGAGAGCGGAGAGGUGGACACUGACAAGCAAGACACAAGAGCACAGAUCUUUUCUCAAUCCACCACUGAGUUUACAGUCAAGCUUCGUGGAUGUCCUUUCAAUGUCACAGAGAAACAAAUCCGUGAGUUCAUGACCCCUCUGAAGCCGGUGGACAUUCGUAUCGGGAAGAAUGAAGAAGGACGCAAUUCUGGCUACGUAUAUGUGGACCUGCGCUCUGAGGAGGAAGUCGAGCGAGCACUUCGCAUGAACAAAGACUACAUGGGAGGGCGCUAUGUGGAGGUGUUUCAGGUGAAGAGGAGGGACAAGAGGCCCUCGAAGCACGCUUGGCAGGAGAAGAACUUUGAGAGGCAGCUGAAGGACGAUGAGGAAGAGGAGGACGUGUCCGAGUCAGGGAGACUCUUCAUCAGGAACCUCCCGUACACGUGCACAGAGGAGGAGCUGACCGCACUCUUCAAGAAGCACGGCCCCCUAUCUGAGGUGACUUUCCCCAUCGACAGCCUGAGUAAGAAGCCCAAGGGCUUUGCCUUCGUCUCCUAUAUGAUCCCGGAGAACGCUGUGGCCGCCUUGGCCAAGCUGGAUGGACACAUCUUCCAAGGCCGCAUGUUGCACCUCCUCCCGUCGCGGUUGAAGAAGGAGAAGGCUGAGGAGGGCCCCAGUGCUGCCGGCUCCUCCUCUUACAAGCGCCAGAAGGACGCCAAGGACAAGGCGGCCAGCGGCAGCACUCAUAACUGGAACACUCUCUUCCUGGGCACGAGUGCGGUGGCAGAUGCCAUCGCCGAGAAGUACAACACAACCAAGAGCCAAGUGCUGGAUCAUGAGUCAUCAGGCAGUCUUGCUGUGCGCAUGGCCUUGGGGGAGACCCAGAUAGUGCAGGAGACACGGCAGUUCCUGCUGGACAACGGCGUCAGCCUGGAUGCCUUCAGCCAGGCGUCCGGUGAGCGCAGUAAGAGUGUGAUCCUGGUGAAGAAUCUCCCGUCGGGGGUGCAGGCGUCGGAGCUGGAGGCGCUCUUCUCCCCGUUCGGCUCGCUGGGACGCGUGCUGCUGCCCCCUGCUGGACUCACCGCCGUCGUCGAGUUCAUGGAGCCCACCGAGGCCAAACGCGCCUUCACCAGGCUCGCCUACAGCAAGUUCCAGCAUGUCCCGCUGUACCUAGAGUGGGCCCCCACCGCCGUAUUCACCAGCCCCGCUCAGGCCAGACGCAAGAAAACAGCAGAUGUGCCGUCCCCAGCCAAAUCCUCCACACCUGCACCGAGUGCAGAGAAGAAGCCUGAAUCGGGCACGGAGGAGAAGAAAGAGGAGGAGGAGGAGGAAGAGGAGGAGGAGGAGGAGGAGGAGGAAGAAGAAAGCGCCCCAGGUGCGACACUCUUCAUAAAGAACCUCAACUUCAGCACGACGGAAGAGAUGCUACAGCAGACGUUCUCCAAAUGUGGAGAGAUAAAAAGCUGCACCAUCUCCAAGAAGAGAGACAAGACCGGUAAAUUGCUAUCGAUGGGCUAUGGCUUUGUGGAGUAUCGUAAGCCGGAGGCAGCUCAGAAGGCCAUGAGACAACUGCAGCACUGCACAGUAGAGGAGCACAAGCUGGAGCUGAAGCUGUCUGAGCGCGCCACCAAAUCAUCGGGUGCAGUGAGCUCGCGGAAGAAGCAGACGGCCAAGAAGCAGACCACGUCCAAGAUCCUGGUGCGCAACAUCCCCUUCCAGGCCACCAAUAAGGAGCUGCGAGAACUCUUCUGUACGUUUGGGGAGCUGAAGACGUUGCGUCUGCCCAAGAAGGCCAGUGGCACCGGCUCCCACCGUGGCUUUGGCUUCGUGGACUUCAUCACUAAACAGGACGCCAAAAAAGCGUUCAGGGCUCUGUGCCACAGUACCCAUCUGUACGGGAGGCGUCUGGUUCUGGAGUGGGCCGACACUGAGGAGACUGUGGACUCCCUACGCAGGAAGACGGCUCAGCACUUCCAUGACGCCCCAAAGAAGAGGAAACAGUCUCAGGUGAUGGAGGGCAUUAUGGAGCAGAUGGAAGUGGGGGCAGAGGACGAGGACGAGUGAGGGAGGGAGGAGAGGAAAAGAGAGAGAGAGAGGGAGCGAGGGAGCGAGUGACUGAGUGGAAAAGUGAUGGAGGGAGGGAAAGAAAGAAAGAAAGAGAGGGAGAGAGCUGGUAAUGGGACUUCUGGGGACAGGACAGUCCACACUGACCACAAAAAGGGACUCCUCCUGUUGGACCACACUUGGUGAUUUGAGCAGGUGGCCAUGUUUGCCUCCCUGUCUUCACCAGGGCUCAUUUUCCUCCCUCUGUUCACCUGUGGCCUCACUUUUCAACUGCAAUGUGAUGUCACUGGGAACAAUGAAGGCUACUGUACUGAGAUGGCCUCCGAGUCUAAGUCUGGCUACACACAUGCUUCAAUAAAGUGUCAGUCGUGUUUGAAGAGUACUGAGCGGGACUAAGGAGUGAGCUUUUGAGAACAUAAUCUGAGUAUCUGAGGACAUAACGGCAGACUAAUGAUACAGAAUAAUGAGACGAUCAUGAACUUUUAAGUAGCUGCCCCAUUUGUCCCCUCCAACACAAAUCUCUGGCAAUUCACACCAUGAAUAUUUCAUGUGAUGAGACUUUUGGUUGUUCUUGUAAAAAAAAUAUUGUAUUAUGUUUUAUGUAAACUAAAUAAGUGGCUUGUAUCAGAUUUGGGGGGGUUCUGUAGAUUGAUACCUUUGUGAAUUAAAUAUGUUUUAAUAACUUUUUAA